AUGUUAAAAUCAUUUAAAAUUUACACAUGCACAAACGGCUCCUUGGGUCUACACUUGAGCAGGGCACCCUGGGAUCCAUAUCCCUGGGUUAGCAGCAUACAAAAGGAUUCCAAUUCGUACAAGGCCGGCUUACGCAUUGGCGAUUGUCUACUCGAGCUGAACGGUAAUGAUGUUCUGGGCCUGAAAAUCUCCGAGAUUGCAGCGCUCUUAAAAAAUCAUUGGUUGAAUGAAAGCAGUAAUUAUGUCAGUGUUGUAAUAUGGCGUAAGAAAGCCAAAGAUAACUCCGACACCGAAGGCGAAGGCGAAGACGACGAUGAAGAUGAGGAAAAUAAUGCGCAUAACAUUAAUCAGCAAUCGUUGCAAAAGUUUGCAACUUGCCUGCAACAUAUUGCCCAAUUAUUGGAAUGUCCUGUUUGUUUGGAGGUUGUAAAACCACCUGGCUGGCAGUGCUGCAAUGGUCAUGUUCUCUGCAAUAAUUGCCGCAGUCGCUCAGAAAAAUGUCCAGUUUGUCGUGUGCCAUUGGGACCACGGGGUAGAUGUUUGCUGUCGGAUAAGUUAUUUACUUUGCUGGCGGAUAGUUUUCCCUGUGAUGGAGUGCGCAACAGCAAUAAAAACUCACCGAAAGAUAGAAGGAAGUGUACCACGGAAUUUCAUAAUCAACCAAAGUUGGCCAUUGAGUCCAAGCAGCAACAGUGCCAAGACGAAGUGAAAGCCAAAAAAGAUCUUGAUAUCAAGAAAACGGAACAUGAUUCCAUUUUGAGCUCUUUGCGUAUGGGUCGACGAAGACGUACCAAAACGAAAAAAGAGGAAACGGAAAACAAUGCCAACGAGCAGGAGGAGGAGGGUCAACAGGAAAACAAACGGCCACAUCAUUCAAUGGCACUGCAGCAGCAGCAACAAGGAGCUACAAAUGCCGUUGUUAAUGUGUCAGUGAACACUGAUGAUGCUAACAACAUCAACAGGAAGUCAUCACAAGAUUACAGGGAUGGUGUAGCAACAGCAGCAACAAGAACAGCAGGAGUAACAUCAAUGACAGUUCAGGUGCCGGUCCGGUUCAUUGUUGAGAAUAAUAUAACAACCUUUGGUAGCAGUAGCAAUGAAUUGGCUGUUCAAGAUGCUAUCCCAACAGCAGCAGCAACAGUGGCAGAAAAAUGUCAUUGUCGAGAGUGUUAUAAGCCAGAUAAAGUUGCAAUUGUAAAUAAUGUUCCAACAACGACAACAACAACGACUACACUAAAUAAAUAUAUAUUGCGAGUUUAUGAAGAAGCCCUGCUUCAUCAUCAGCAUAAGCCAAGGCAAUAUUAUCAGUGCCCAACUGGGAAAUUAUGUUGCUUGCAACAGAACGUGAUGCCCCAAGCAGAUGCAUCAGAAGUUGUAGCAUCAACUCGUCAGCAACAACUACAAAUGACUAAUGGCAAUUUGUUAACAGAACAAACAACAGUAGCAGCAGCAGACAACACAUCCAACACCAGCAUCACAACCAAAAUUCUUCACAAUGAAUGGCAACUGCUAACCCAUUUGACUCAGGAUCAUCAGUUGGCUGUUAAUCAGUAUUAUGCUGAGUUUGGACAACGUAUCAACGUUCGCCCUGAUGCCCGGCAGCAGAGCAUAAUCUGCCUAAAUCUGCGAAGCAACGAAUCCACCAGCCACACCACCACCACCACAGCUCAAAUGGAAAAAUUCUUUGUGGCCUUUGUACCGAUGUCCGACAAUGCAGCGAAUGUUUUGGCUACAAGCAGCCAUGCUAACCACAAAAGUUCCUUGGAAAACAGCAACAGCUUGAAUGUCACCACAACCGCCGCCACCACCACGACUACAACCAGUAAAGUAGCGAUUUUCAUUUGGCACAUGAAUCCGUUACAACUGCAAGGCAAUGACCAUGUCUCCCGAGGACAGGAAUCCUACUCAAACCAAUUCUCCAAUGCUGGUGACGAUGAUGAGGUCAGCAAUUUUGAUGCGAUUAUAGAAAAUCCCAAAACGGGCAUCAAAUGGUUUGGUCCAGCUCAUUGUUUAACCACACCAUGGUCUCACAUCUAUCGCAAACAACAUUUUUUUAUGCACGAAACGGUGAUUGAAGAAGGACCCAAUGGAAAUGGCUGUGGUAGUGGUGAUUCAUUUGUGAUUGUUAUCAAAAGGAAAUCGUAA